UCGUUUUGUCAACAUCAAAUCACCUUAACCGAACCCUCUGAACAGCCAACAGUGAUUACAUCAACAUCUAGGUCAUCGAUCUUCAGCCUAUACCGUUAGUUAUUGUGCAACAUGGGUACGGAUUUGAUCAUUUCCGGAGGACCGGAACCGGUUGUACUACUGCAAGAUGGUUCGCUAGGCGAAAUGAUGAUCAAGGAACUAAAACUUCGACCUUCGAACAUUGGACUGAUCGACCCAGUCAGCGGCAGGGAACUGACCUACCGGCAAAUACUGCAAUACUCGUGCCGAGUGGCCCACGGGUUGAGGGCGCUUGGACUGCGCAAGACGGAUACGGUAGCGAUCGUCAGCGAAAACUGUCUCGAGUACUGUUUCGCCAUGUUCGGAACGAUCUUCGUUGGAGCUCCGCUGGCGCAGUUCAAUCCGGCCUAUUUGGAGGGAGAACUCGAGCAUGCCAUCAACAUGACAAAGCCCAAGAUCAUCUUCGUUUCGACCGGCGUUGCCAGUAGAGUUGAGUCUGUCAAUCGAAAACUUAAGUGUGCGCAAAAGCUGAUCGUCUUCGGAUCAAGUUUCAACGAUUUCCUCAAUGAAAAUACUCGCGAAGAGUUCACUCCGGAUCCAGUGUCCAAAAGCGAUCACGUCGCCCUAAUCUUACUCUCAUCCGGAACCACUGGUCUUCCAAAGGGAGUCCAGCUGACCCACGCCAACAUCAUGGCCACGAUCGCCCACUCCAAGGAAUCGGCCAAACUGCUCGACCUCCCCGAUCAGCUCGUUGCGCUAGCAGUAACCCCACUGUUCCACGUACUCGCAAGUGUCGGACUUAUCAACAUGGUCACCAACAACUGCCGUUGCGUACUGAUGCCCAAGUUCAACGCUCACCUGUUCCUCGGCAGCAUCCAAAAGUACAAGGUCAACCUGAUGUCCGUGGUUCCACCGUUGAUGGUCUUCCUCGCCAAACACCCCAUGGUCGACAGCUACGACCUGUCCUCCCUGAUGACCCUGUUCUGUGGAGCAGCACCACUCAGCAGGGAGAUCGAGGACCAAGUCCGCGAGCGGCUGGGGAUCGCGUUCGUUCGGCAGGGCUACGGCAUGACGGAAACCACGUACGCAAUGCUGAUGCAAACCGGCUUCGAGAACAAGUCCGGUUGUGUGGGGAAAGUUCGUAUGGGUCAGUUGGCCAAGGUUGUCGACCCGGAAACGGGGAAAAUUCUAGGCCCAAAUCAACGAGGUGAACUCUGCUUCAAGGGAUCGCUGAUCAUGAAGGGUUACGUAGGUCGAGAGGAAGCCAUCGACAGUGAAGGAUGGCUGCACACCGGGGACAUCGGGUACUAUGACGAGGAUGAAGAUUUCUUCAUCGUCGAUCGGAUCAAGGAGCUCAUCAAGUACAAAGGAUUCCAGGUGGCACCAGCAGAGCUUGAGGCGAUACUCCUGAAACACCCCAAAGUGAAGGACGCGGCGGUGAUUGGCAUUCCGGACGAGAGGGUUGGCGAACUGGCGACCGGCUUUGUUGUGGCCGAAAUGGGCGAGAAGAUCACCGAUGAAUUGAUGCAGUUUGUGGCCGAGCAUGUCUCCCAGCAGAAACAACUCCAUGGGGGUGUAAAAUUCAUUGAUGAGGUUCCUCGGACAGCCAGUGGGAAGAUUCUGCGCCGAAUGCUACGGGAUUCUUUGAAAUCUAAACUGUAAAUGGUGGUGGUGGUUUCAUUUGUUGACAAUAAACGGUGAACAGGUUUCUUCUUCAUAAA